CCCGCGGCCCGCAGCCCGGCCCAGACCCCGCCCAGCCACGGCCAGCAGCGCGCCGCGGGCCCGACGGCGGCGGCACCAUGCAGGUCACCCUCAAGACCCUGCAGCAGCAGACCUUCAAGAUCGACAUCGACCCCGACCAGACGGUGAAAGCACUGAAAGAGAAGAUUGAAUCUGAAAAAGGGAAAGAUGCCUUUCCUGUUGCAGGGCAAAAAUUAAUUUAUGCAGGUAAAAUCCUUAAUGAUGAGACUGCGCUGAAAGAAUAUAAAAUUGAUGAGAAAAAUUUUGUGGUGGUUAUGGUGACAAAACCUAAAGCAGUGACAACACCAUCACCAUCAUCAGCACCAGCUACAACUCAGCAGUCAAGUCCUACAGCCGCCACCACCACUACUAUCACCACCACCACCACCACCACAGUUAGUCCCCCUGCAGCUCCAGCUGUGGCUCAACCUUCAACUCCCACCCCAGCUUUAGCUCCCACUCCCACACCUGCAGCCAUCACUCCAGCUUCAACCACAGCAUCUUCUGAACCUGCACCUGCUAGUGCAACUAAACAAGAGAAACCUGCAGAAAAACCAGCAGAAACCCCAGUAGUGGCUUCCAGCCCAACAGCAACUGACAGUACAUCAGGAGAUUCUUCUCGGUCAAACCUCUUUGAAGAUGCAACAAGUGCACUUGUGACAGGUCAGUCUUACGAGAAUAUGGUAACUGAGAUCAUGUCAAUGGGUUAUGAAAGAGAGCAAGUAAUUGCAGCCCUGAGAGCCAGUUUCAACAACCCUGACAGAGCAGUGGAGUAUCUUUUAAUGGGAAUCCCUGGAGAUAGAGAAAGUCAGGCUGUGGUUGAGCCCCCUCCAGCAGCUAGUUCUGUGGCUCCUCAGUCUUCUGUGGCUGCAGCUGCAGCAACUACAACAGCAGCGACUACAACAACAAGUUCUGGAGGUCACCCUCUUGAAUUUUUACGGAACCAGCCUCAGUUUCAACAGAUGAGACAAAUUAUUCAACAGAAUCCUUCCCUGCUUCCAGCUUUGCUACAACAAAUAGGUCGAGAAAAUCCUCAGUUACUACAGCAAAUUAGCCAACACCAGGAGCAUUUUAUUCAGAUGUUAAAUGAGCCAGUUCAAGAAGCUGGUAGUCAAGGAGGAGGAAGUGGAGGAGGCAGUGGAGGAAUUGCAGAAGCUGGAAGCGGUCAUAUGAAUUACAUUCAAGUAACACCUCAGGAAAAAGAAGCUAUAGAAAGGUUAAAGGCAUUAGGAUUUCCGGAAGGACUUGUAAUACAAGCAUAUUUUGCUUGUGAGAAGAAUGAGAACUUGGCUGCCAAUUUUCUUCUACAACAAAACUUCGAUGAAGAUUGAAAGGGACUUUUUUUAAAAUCUCACACUUCACACCAGUGCAUUACACUAACUUUGUUCACUGGAUUGACUGGGAUGACUUGGGCUCAUAUCCACAAUACUUGGUAUAAGGUAGUUGAUUGUUGGGGGUGGGGAGGGAGGGAUCUAGGAUAUAGGGCAGGGAUAAAUACAGUGCAUGUCUGCUUUCAAUUAGCAGAUGCCGCAAAUCCACACAGUGUGUAAAAUAUUAUACAACCAAAAAUCAGCUUUUGCAGGUCUUUUAUUUCUUCUGUAAAACAGUAGGUAACUUUUCCUAGGUUUUACUCUUUUUAGUGUUCUAGAUCCAGAAAUUUAGUGUAAUGCCCUGCUUUGUAUUUCUUUGGCUUAGCAUUGGUUUCAGAAAGAAUCUUUGCUGUCUAGAAUCUACAAUCUAUUCCAUGGCAACACUGGAUAAUGGUUUUGUGAAACUUUAAAAAAAAAAAAACUUUUUUGAAGCAACUAUAAACGGAAAUGCCAAAUUAUUAAUGGUUAUUGUUGCUGCUUCAAAUAAGUAUAAAGUAAAUGUAAUGAAGCCCAUUCUUUCAUGCUAAAUACUGGGUGGGGUGGGAUAGUCACAGAACCUUCACUUAAAAUGAAAAUAAUUACUGCUAUUUUAAAAUUUCUUGAUCACUGAAUGCAAGACCCUUCUAACAUGAUUUUGAGAAGCUGUACAAGUAUAGGCAGUUAUUUUCCUGUUUACAUUUUCUUUUCAAUUUGUUUUUUGUGGGAAAUGGUAGGUGUCUGAUUACUGUUUACUUCAUUGUUACAUUGCAGUAAAGUUUUAAAAUCCA